UCGCAAAGCACUAUAGGAAACCACGAGAUUGAACAGUAGAACAGAGACAGAACGCGGCAGUUUCCUUACCUUUUUAUCGUAAACAGAGCUUUAUAUGCCAUUAACCGACGACAAGGAUGGACGAAUUAAUCUUUUUUCUGAGGGAAAGGAAUAUUCCAGAAACCACCAUAAAAAGGCUGGAGGACGACAAGAUUGAUGUCAGUGUCCUACUGCUAAUGACUGAUGACCAGAUGAGAAGCUAUUUUCCUUCAUAUGGAGACAGACUCGCAGUGAUGGGGUUUUGCAGGAGGCAAGAAAGUGAGCCAACUUGCAGGAAGUCAAAGCUGUUUGAGCGCCUCAAAUCAAAAUUGAGCAAAAGACAAAAAACUGACAGUUCACAAACUGAAACCCAAACAACUAGAAAAAACAAUUCUCAGCGUACUGUAAGAAAAGUUGAGAUUGGGUGGAUGCACUAUGAUGGGCAGGGCUUUGUUCAAAUGAGAGCAAAAAAAGGAGGGGGAACAAGGAAGUUGAGUGUGCCAAAAGACUGGAAAAGGGACGAACUGAUGGAGGAGGCAAUUCGUUUGUUUUUCCCAAAUGGAAAAAAUUCUCAUGGGAGUAUUUCUGAGUUUGAAUUGGAUCUAACAAAUUAUCAGGAAGUGUCACUAGAUAAAGAAAGUACAGUGGGGGAAAUGUAUAAUGCAUCCAAGCUCACAAUGAUGAGGUUCUACCUGACAACAAAAAAGGUGGAGAGGGAAGAGGAAACAGAAAGUGAAGUGGAAAUAUCAGACACAAUGGACGACUUACACAGUAAUAACCAGGAUCAAAGUCUUCCCACUUUUAGCAGAAUGAAUGACUUCUUUCAAGCUUCAGACACGGAUGUAAUUUUUGUGGAAAGUCCAGGCAAUGAUGCUGUAUCUCUCUUGCAUUCCACCGAGGAUCUGAAUGUUGCAGAUGAUGAUCUGAAUGUUCCUUUUCAAAGUUCUUCAAUGACCUUACCAGAUUACUCAGAUACAAGCGAUGUAGUGACAGUAUUCACUGGUGACAUCACUGGGAUAGAUGGACAAAACUUAGAUGACACUUUGCCUCUGAGCCCAGAACCCAUUGUUCCACACAAAAAAAUUCUUGUUGUUCAUCGCGGACAGAUAUUUUCUGAACUUAUUGCACAUUUCUGUGAUGAAACCCUUCCACAUACACAGAGUGAAGUAGAAGUGAAGUUGCUCCUCCCAAAUGGACAGUUUGAGAUGGGCCAUGAUGUUGGUGGAGUGUUCAGGGAUUGCCUAUCAGAGUUUUGGCAGGAAUUCUAUGAUCAAUGCACGCUGGGGAACAAUUUUAAAGUUCCCUUUCUUCGACAUGAUUUUGGCAAAGAAAAGUGGGAAAGUGUAGCCCGGAUAAUUCUGUUCGGCUGGAAUAAAGAGAAAUAUCUCCCAAUAAAACUUGCACCUGCAAUCUUGCAGCAAGCAAUAAAAGGAUCUGUAAAAAGUGAUCUGAUUGAGAACUUGUUUGAAAUAUGUCUCAGAAAAUGA